GGCGAGGCAGAGACUUUCGUUGUCAGUGUCACACACACAGAACACAGUUACUAUUUGAGCGUUGGGCGGCAGUGGUGGUAGAAACUAGAAAGAAAAUCAAGAAUAUGGGAAAGCGAGAGAAGAAGCAGAGGCACCAACAAAGGAAUCCUCAUCGAGGAGCCUCUUACUAUGCUGCGGAACAAGACGAUGACUAUGAUUACCAGCUAAGCCUACCCUCUUCUUCUUAUUCCUCUGAUUCCAAGCCUUCUGUUCCUGAAGAAGAAGAAGAAGAAGAAGAAGAAGAGGAGGAGGAGGAGGAAGAAAAAGAAGAACAAGAACAAGAAGAUGACAAAAAUGAAGAGCACCCAUCAAAGAACGUGCCUUCAAAAUUUGAUCUUUACCAGCAAUCCGUUCAGUCUCCGAAGGGAGACAUUAGCUAUAUGCAGAAGUUUUUUUUGAUGUAUGUGGGUGGGAGGUUGCCUCUCUAUCUCCAAGAAGAUUUUUGUGGAACCGCUCUUCUUAGUGCAGAAUGGGUCCGCAGUAAUUCAAGAAGGACUGCUGUGGGAUUGGAUUUGGACCUUGAGGCUCUAAAUUGGUGCUUGGAGAAGAACAUAAGUAGAGUUGGGGCUGAUGGGUAUUCCAGAAUAUCCCUCUUUCAUGGCAAUGUCUUGCAACCUCUUGAGGCCAAGCUAGUCAACUUUGAGCCUCAAGAACUGAUAAGUAACAUUACACUGCAAGAGGGAAAAGAUGGUUCUGAGACUUGUGCAUUGGAAUCGACUGUGCAAGUGGGAUCUACUGCUGAUGAUAAGUACAUGAAGAGUUUGCCACUGCCUCCUAGAGACAUUGUUUGUGCAUUUAACUAUAGCUGCUGUUGUCUCCAUAAACGUGCAGAGCUGGUUUUGUAUUUUAAGCAUGUCCUUGAUGCCUUGUCAAAGGAAGGUGGUAUAUUUGUGAUGGAUUUAUAUGGUGGGACAUCAUCAGAGCACAAGCUAAGACUUCAGAGAAGAUUUGCCAAUUUUACGUAUGUUUGGGAGCAAGCUGAAUUUGACGUUGUUGAGCGAAAAACAAGGAUUAGCCUCCACUUCCUUCUCCAAAAGCAGCAGAAAAAACUUCGCCAUGCAUUUUCAUACAGCUGGAGGCUGUGGUCGUUGCCUGAGAUUAAAGACUGCUUAGAAGAGGCUGGAUUCCGAUCUGUCCAUUUUUGGCUUCGAGAAAUGCCAGAUACAGAAGAAAUCAGAACUACAGAGGGAUUUGGUGAAGGACGUGAUGUGAAAUAUGAAGAGGUGAAAAGUUUUCAGCAACAAGAUGCUUGGAAUGCCUACAUUGUAGGUGUUGCGUAGCUCAUUGUUUCAAGUAAACGUUAAGGUGAUAUAGCUGUCAUGAGCUGAACUUUAAUAUUUCUCCAUUUCAAAUUCACGAUUCAGAUUAAAUAUCAAAUUUUUAAAGACACCAAGCACAUUUGUUAGAUUGACUCACAUGGGUGAAGAACAUGGUCCAUGGAUUCCCUUUUUUGGAACUUUGUUUUUAUUUGUUUUUGUUGAUAUAAAAAGUAAAAUCCCCCCUCCCUCUGGGCAGCAGGUUGGGGAAAAAAAAACCUUCAUUUA